UGCCCCCAGCGGUGCGGGCGGGCCCGCAACAUGGCUGCGGCGCGGACGCUGCUCCUGGCGCUGCUGCUGCUGCUGCCGCUGCCCGAGCCUCCCGGACGGGUUCGGGGACAGGAGUCCCCAGGCCGUGGCCGCCGCCUCUCGGAGUUCAAGCGCUGCGCCGACGCCGAGUGCAGCAUGUUAAUGGCCCGGGGUGAAGCUCUUGGAGAUUUCACUGGCCCGGACUGUCGCUUUGUGAAUUUUAAAAAAGGCGAUCCUGUGUUCGUCUACUAUAAACUGGCAGGGGUUUUGCCUGAAGUGUGGGCCGGAAGUGUUGGGCGUAUUUUUGGAUAUUUCCCAAAGGAUUUAAUCAGGGUAGACUAUGAAUAUAGCAAAGAGGAGCUGCAAGUUCCAGCAGAUGAGACAGAUUUUGUCUGUUUCGAUGGGGGAAGAGAUGAAUUUGACAGCUAUAAUGUGGAAGAACUCUUGGGGUUUUUGGAACUGUAUGACUCUUCAGUUGAAGAUUCUGCAGAGAAUUCAGUUGAGGAAGCCCCUCUGAGUGGAGAGGAGUCCCCUGGAGCAGCCACGGGACAUGGACCUGUGCCUGGGCCUGCAGACAGCAAUGCAGGGGGAGGUGCCUCACACUCAGUGCGCACACAGGACUUCGUGGAGCCCGCGCCGCCCUCGGAGCGCCAGCCCCCUGCAGACGCAGACACAGGCCCAGCCACUGUCACUGGGGCAGAGCUGCCUCCCUCAGAGGCCUUGGAAGAAACGCUGCAAGAGAAACCGAAAGUGCCAGAAAUCGAGAACAGAACCAGCUCUCGAUCUCAGGCCUCCAGUGAACAGAAGAAAAUGGAUGCUUACAAGCUCUUAAAGAAAGAAAUGACCCUCGACUUGAAAACGAAAUUUGGCUCCACAGCAGAUGCCAUGGUGUCCGACGACGAGACCACUACACUGGUGACCUCGCUGGAGGAUGACUACAGUGAGGCGCUGGACUCUGUGUCCUACGUGAUGGAGGAGGAGGAGGCGAAUGAAAGUGACCUGGAUGAGCUGCCGCUCCUGACCUUCACUGGCCCAGAAGAGCCGGGCCCUCCUGAAGGGCCUGAGCAGGAGAAACCCUCAGCAGAGCGGGCCCAGGACUUGAAGGAGGCGGGCAAAUUGCCCCCCAGUGUCAGAGCUGGCAAUAAAAACAUACUGGGUGCCUGGGGGGGCACCCUCCUCUCCAUUGUCACUGAGGGAGAUGGCGGGACAGUCCCCUCACACUUGCCGGAUUUGGAGGGUUCUGAUUCAGAGGAAAAGGAAGACGACGGCAGCGCAGGCCCAGAGAGCACACAGAGGAAGCCACAGACACCAGCCAAUUCUUUUGACCCUGAAACUACAAGUGAUUUUUUUGUAGAAGUCUUUAAAACAAAUGAUGAGAACAACCCAGGAGCUGACACAGAACCUCCCAGUAAAGAAAAAGACAGGGGUCUGGAGGAGCCCAAAGCGGCCCUGGUGCAAGAUGAGCCCCAGUCAGUAGCUACACAGGACUCUCCUCAGCUGGCAGCUGGAAAGGACAGAGACCCCCUUCCACCAGCCUUGGAGCAUGAGGACAGUGACCCUCAGGAAGCAGGUGACCCUCAGGAAGCAGGUGACCCUCAGGAAGCAGGUGACCCUCAGGAAGCAGGUGACCCUCAGGAAGCAGGUGACCCUCAGGAAGCAGGUGACCCUCAGGAAGCAGGUGACCCACAGGAAGCAGGUAACCCUCAGGAAGCAGGUGACCCACAGGAAGCAGGUGACCCUCAGGAAGCAGGUGACCCUCAGGAAGCAGGUGACCCACAGGAAGCAGGUGACCCUCAGGAAGCAGGUGACCCUCAGGAAGCAGGCAUCUCUAUCACAAAACAUGCACUCCCAGAAGGAGUUACCAAGGGCGCAAAGACUUGGGCCCACAGCUCAGAAAGCAGCUCAGGCCAGAAGGCUGCGGGCAGCUGGGUGCUGGAAGGGGUGCGAGAGCAGGAUACUGCAGGUGCUGGGCCACCCUUGGAAGCCAAUGCACACAACACAUCCAUACAGGGCGAGCAGGCAGCAGGGGUCUCAGCAGGGGAAUCUGACCUGCACCUGGGUCCAGUGCAGCACCAAUAUGGGGAGCACAGCGAGGAACCAGGGAGUAAAGCACAAAACCCACCCCAAUUCUCUUCUCCAGCUGGAGCGGGUUUGUGGGAAAAAUCUGAAGAGGAGGUUCCCACUCCAGGAGGAAACCUUUUCUGGCUACAGCUGAGAGAUGCGGCUACCACCCUUGGUCAUCGAUUGAGUAAGGAGACAGAGGCGGCUGCGGACUCCGCCCAGCCCCAGGCAGAGCAGGGGGCAGAUGAGACAGAGGAGAGGGAGCAGCCGGAUGGCACAGCUGCCCCAGGGUCCCAUGCUGAAGAGGCCGAGGCAGAUGAGGAGGAGGAGAAGGGGGAGGAUGAGGAGGAGAGAAAGGAAGAGGAGGAGGCAGAGGACGAGGAGGAGGGGGAGGUGAUCCCAGAGUUGCUACUGGAGGAUGAAAACGCUGUGAGUGCAAAGCAGUCUCAAGAAAUCUGCCAGGCCAGCGGGGACGGAAAGCCGGUUGUUAGCCCACAAGGCUCUGAGGAAGCACAUUUAGGAACCAAAGAAAACCAACAAGAACCUAAUGUGACUUUUGUGAUUGAAAAGGAAAAUGCCACGGCCAUGAGAGAGGCAGGCAGGCCGGGCAGGGGGCCGGGCCACGAGGAGGUGGGGGAAGAGGACAGAAGUCCCCCAGCACAGCCCGAGGACAGGGCCCAGGCAGUGUCAGAGUCCAGUGGCCCCAUGGGCCAGGACCGAACCCCCUGGCCAAGGGCAGGUGAAGCACUGGGGAAGAAGGACCCCGGGGGUGACAGCUCAGGGCCCUCAGGGGAGCUCCCUGAGGAGGCAGACAAGGCCAGGGGCAUGGGGAGUCCUGAGCUUGCCCCUGGAGACCCCAGAGACCACCUGUCCCAGCAGAGCCCCCACUCGGGGCUCGAGGCCGGGCUGGGCGCUGGCCAGGAGGACUGGCCCAUCAUCCGCAGCUUCUUCAAGGAGCAGCAGUCCCUGGGGCGCUUGCUCAAGUACCUGGACGCUGGCGCACUGGAAGCAAUGCUGCAGGAUUUGUCCUUCAGGCUGAAGGCCGCGCGGCAGGAGAGCCCACCCUAUGCUGAAGACAAGGUGCUGGACAGGGUCUUCCAGGCCUCCGAGUCCCAGAUCCUGAGCAUGGCAGAGGAGAUGCUCGAUGCCCGCGUAAAGGAAAACCGAGAAAAGGGGCUGCAGGAGAGCAACGUGCUGGAGGAGUACACGGUGCUGGAUGACGUCCAGGACCUGAUCUACUUCGUCAGGUACAAGCACCUGGCCGAGGAGGUCCAGCUGACCACGGUCCCCGCGCUAGAGGAAGGCUGGAGUGGCCCUGCCCAAGAGAUGCAGCUGCCCCGAAGCGACGACUUCCCACAGGAGACCGAGGAAGGUCCGAGCUCCCAGCCCUCUGAGAAGCCGAGGAACCCCUGGAGCCAACCUGUGACCAGGCACGCAGGUGCCCCUGAAGUGGUGCAGAGCCCAGGAGCGCAGGAGGACGAAGCCCCAGGGGUGAUUAUGACAGAAGUCUCUGGAGCCGAGCCUGGGCGUGCGGAGAAGCAGCCAGCAGAGGUGAGCAGGGAGGAGCCCAGCUACCUGGAAAGUGUGGUCCUGAUGCUGCAUUGGUUCCUGCCUUGUGUCAGCAAGGUGCUGGUUGCUACGUUGCCUGAGGAUGCUCAGCCCGGGCCUGACUUUUAUGGGCUCCCCUGGGAGCCUGUGUUGCUCACUGCCUGUUUGGGAAUCGUUUCGUUUGCCAUCUUCUUCUGGAGGAAUGUUCUUGCAGUGAAGGAGAGAAUAUACCAAGUCACUGAACAGCAGAUUGCUGAGAAGGUGAAGACUACCACAAAGGACAAUGCAGAACUUGCAGAAAAAUUGUCAAGUUAUGAACAGAAGAUCAAGGAAUCAAAGAGGCUUAUUCAGGAGGCAAAGAAACAAAAUAUGAUUCUCUCUGAUGAAGCAAUUAAAUACAAGGAUAAAAUCAAGGUGCUUGAAGAAAGCAAUGAAUUGCUGGAUGAUACGGCAAAAACUCUUCGUGUUAUGUUAGAAUCUGAGAGGAAACGAAACAUGGAAAAUCAAGAUUUGAUACUGGAAAAUCAGAAAUCUUUGGAGAAGCUAAAGGAGGUUAUUUCAAUGAAUGCCUCAGAAUUUUCCGAGGUUCAGGUCGCCCUGAAUGAAGCCAAGUUGCGUGAGGAGAAGGUGAAGUCUGAGUGCCACCAGGUUCAGGAAGAAAACACAAGGCUGAAGAAGAAGAAAAUGCAGCUACAGCAGGAAGUUGAAGACCAGAAGAAGUUGCAUGCUGAACUCAGCGAGCGAAUCAGGACCUUGGAGAAGUCUCAGAUGGAUCUGGAAGCCACUCUUACUGAUAAGGAUGAUAGCAUCGGUGCUCUGACCAACUGCAUCAUGCAGCUAAAUCAGUUGGAGAGUGGAACAGAAUCUGAGGGUCCAGGUCCAGGCAGAUGUGAGCCAGGUGAAUUAGCCAAUGGAGAGGUGGGAGGUGAGGAGAGUAAGCUGAAGGCUCGAAUGCACCAGCUGAUGGAUGUCUCCCGGACACGUACCGCAAUAUCCGUGCUUCAGAAGGAUCUCAAACUGCUGCAAGUGAAACUGAGAGCCUCCCUGUCUGCCAAAUGUGACCUGGAAGACCAGAUCAAGAAGCUGGAUGAGGACUGUGGCACGUUGCAGGCAGCCAAGGCCGGGCUGGAGGAGGAGUGUAGGACGCUGCAGCAGAAGGUGGAGAUCCUGAACGAGCUGUACCAGCAGAAGGAGAUGGAGCUGCAGAAGAAGUUGAGCCAGGAGGAAUUUGAACAGCAGCAGCGAGACCAGCGGCUGUCGGCUGCGGAUGAGAAGGUGGUGCUGGCCACAGAGGAAGUGAAAGUCUACAAGCAGAGAAUCCAUGAAAUGGAGGAAGAAUUACAGAAAACAGAGCGCUCAUUUAAAAACCAGCUUGCUACUCAUGAGAAAAAAGCCCACGAGAACUGGCUCAAAGCCCGCAAUGCGGAGCGCCUGAUUGCAGAGGAGAAGCGGCAGGCCGUCAACCUGCGGCAGAGGUUGGUGGAGAUGACCCAGAAGCUGGCCAUGUUUCAAGAGGAGCCUGUGAUCAUCAAGCCGAUGCCCGACUGGCCUGGAGUACAGAACGCGCCCCACAGAGGUCCCCUGAGCCAGAACGGCUCCUUUGGCCAGUCCCCUGUGAGCGGUGGUGAGUGCUCCCCGCCCCCAGGCGCAGAGCCCCCUGGACGGCCGCCCUCUGCGAGCUUGAACUUUGCACGCCGUGACAUUCCGAGAGCUGACUUCGAUCCCGGCCCUGGCCCUGUGGCCAACAGCAGCUCCCGCGGCUCCUCCCCGGCGAAGGACAUGGACGAUGGCAAGGUGAGCAUGGCCGCGAAGGGGCCCCCAGCCUAUCCAGGGCCCCCGUUCCUGGGAGGCCCCAUGCCGCCCCUCGUGGGCUAUGGGCCGCCGCCACCACCACCGCUCUGCAGGCCCUUUGGGCCUCGGCCGAUGCCUCCUAGGCCACCGCCACCAUUCGUCCCUUGCAUGGGCCCACCACUGGGCUUAAGAGAGUACGCGCCUGGCAUCCUGCCUGGACGCCGCGACCUGCCGCUGCACCCCCGCGAGUUCUUGCCAGGACCUGUGCCAUUCAGGCCUCCAGGCCCGCUGGGCCCCCGAGAGUAUUUCAUUCCUGCUCCUCGAAUGCCACCACCACCCUCUGGGCCCCAGGACUACCCACCACCGCCUGCCGGGCCCCAGGACUACACACCGCCGCCUGCCACAGAGGAGCCCCAGGUCUCAGGGCCCAGAGAGGCCCCAGCCUCGUCGACAAGCAGCCAGGAACCUGCCCAGGCUCUGAGGCAGAGCCCUUAAUGGCCCCACUACUCAGAGGGCCAAGGUUUUUAUUGGCUGUGGAGUUCAUUUUAAAAGGUUUUUAGUACUAAGCUCCCUUGAGCAGUGCACAUUUUUGAGCCAAACAAUUCAGAAGACUCAUCUUCCUCUCUAAAAAUUGCCUCUUAAGCUCGAGUGACCUUCCAACUGAAAUGUGCAAUAACGAUCCCUGUGUUUUAGUUAAUAUAGCAUAGGUCAGUGUAAAAUGAUUCAGAAUGUCAUCAAAAUGACUAUUUCCUGUGGAAAUGCUUUAAGAAAUGUAUUUCCAUGACCGAUGUUUAGUAUACCAGCUGAAUACAAAGUAGUGGUAUUUAUAAGCUUUACCCCUCCUGCCCCAUCCUGGUUGAAAAGACUGUUACUUAAAGAUAAAAGAUGUUUAUUCAAAGAUCACCCCUUAUCCCCUCCCGCUCUGCCGAUGCCCUUUGUAGUAAUAGCUAAUAAAAACUUGUUUGUUAAUACUCCCAGCCUCCACUGGCUCAUUGCUUGCUGUGAGAGCUGUUGGAACUCUGGCUCCCUGGACUGGAGGUGCCGCGCUUGCAGGCUGCGUCACUCCGGGGGAAGCCCGUGACCCCUGACCCCACCGGUGACUGCUGGGCGCAAGAGUGAGAAUUUACAGUAGAAACAACGAUCGUUUGACCUCAGGCUCUAUUAUUUUCCUUUUACCUUGAUUGCAUUAAGGAGUACAACAAAGUUGUGUCAUGAUUGUAAAAGUAAAUUUCUUUAUAAAA